AUGGCUCCGCUGAAAGGGAAGAGACUCUACUACACGAUCAAUCUUGUCGCUGGUUUGGCUAUAUUCUUUUUUGGUUUCGACCAGGGAAUAAUGGGUGGUAUCAAUACAUCUCCGGACUAUGUUAAGACAAUGAAUCUGGGUUAUUCAACGUACCAAGGGCCCUCAGAAGGCUAUGUUGCUACGAUUACUAAUCCCACUCGACAGGGGGGUAUUGUUAGCGCUUACUACCUGGGGACACUCAUGGGCGCUAUGAUAGGAGGGGCGAUUGGAGACAGAAUUGGUCGACUGAAGACUAUGGGAAUUGGAGGCGUUUGGGUCCUCUUCGGGGCUGCUCUGCAAUGUACUUCUCAGAAUAUGUCAUGGAUGAUAUGCGCGCGUAUCAUCAACGGCAUUGGCACAGGUCACCUAAAUGCUAUUGUUCCUGUGUGGAGUGCAGAGGUUGCUACUCAUACAUCGCGAGGAGCCUUUAUUGCCUCGGAAUUUACACUAAAUAUAUUUGGAAUGGCACUGGCCUACUGGCUGGAGUUUGGUUUGGGAUUCAUUGGUAAUGGAGACACACAGAUACGGUGGAGACUACCUAUUGCCCUGCAAAUCGUUCCAAUCCUUGUUUUCAUGCCAACAUUGUAUUGGAUGCCAGAAUCUCCUCGCUGGUUAGUUAAAGUUGGUCGUAUUAGUGAGGCGCGAGUCGUCUUGCAGCGCGUUCGGGCUCGCGCUACGGAUGACAACGAUUCUGAUAACGUUCCGAACAUAGAGCCAGAACUUAACGACAUCACUGAAACUGUCGCGCUCGAACACAAAAACGCCAGAAAGAGUUCGUACUGGUCGAUGUUUUGGGGCACUGAUUCUGGUAAUUUGCAUAUCGCACGGCGCGUGCAGUUAUCGGUUUGGCUACAAAUCAUACAGGAAUGGACCGGUAUUGACGCUAUCGCGAUAUAUGCCCCAAUACUCUUCUCAGAAGCUGGAUAUAGUGCUCGCAAGGCACAGUGGCUAUCAGGGCUCAAUGAGAUCACUUACACCCUUAGCACAUUGAUGGGUGUAUUUACAAUAGAUAGAUGGGGACGUCGUUUUGGGCUGUGGUGGGGCGCAAUCGGACAGGGCAUUGCAAUGCUACUGGCUGGCGCGUUUGGGAGGCUACUCAAGACCCAACCUGAACGAGCUUCGCAGUACGGCGGAGCAAGUGCGUUCUUUAUUUUUGUGUAUACCGCCAUUUUUGGCGCAACGUGGUUGACGAUUCCUUGGGUAUACCCAACUGAGACGUUUCCCCUGGAAGUGCGUGCGAUGGGGAACGCGUGGGGUGUUGUUGGCUGGAGCAUAGGGAACGGGUGGCUUACCUUGCUGAACCCUGUCAUGUUCAAUCGAAUCCACGAAAAUACGUUCUACAUUUUUGCUGUAGUGAACUUUUUAUCUAUUCCCAUGGUUUGGGCGUUUUACCCUGAAACGGCCAACCGGACGCUGGAAGAAAUCGAUCUGUUGUUUGCGAGCAAGAGCCCUUUUGUGUGGGAUGAAGAACGGCAUUUUAGGGAGCUGAAAAGACUGGGACCAAAGGUGGCUGAUGACAUAAAUAAAGAAGAGGGAGAAAAAGCAGCAGUCGAAGUAUAG